UUUUAAUCGUUUUAUUGCUUAUAGCUCUAUCUAUUGAACAUGGUCUCGUCAUAUGUAUAAAACCAAUAUUUGAAAAUUGCCAUAUCAGCGACGCCGGACGCAACACAUUCAGAUCUAAUAGCUGACAACAGCUGAUCGUUGCAGACAUGUAGUCUCUUCUUAUCAACAUUGUGGAAAGCAAAACUGUGAAGGAAAAAUUUUUAAUAAGAAGCAGUUUAUUAUUAUAAUAUUAUUAUUGCUUAAAAAUAAUUAGUAAUCGUACGGUGCUACUGUUAACUGUUAAGUAAUAGUUUUUGUUGAGCGUACAACUAUAACGACUGUGUAGCGACGAUUUAUCUCAACUGCAUCGUCACUGUUAUCACCAACGAAAAAUACGGUCGUCCGCGGCAAUGCUUCUUCUUUAUUGGUUACAUAUUGAUCGUCUAUUAGGCAGAUUGAUCAUCUUCUUGCUUUUUUCUAUGUUGAUAUUGACAUUACUCGAGCUAUGCGCGACCCAACAUGAUCCUGCCAUCAAGGCCUUAAAUGUAAAAAGUCAAAAGCCCUUUAUCAGAAAUUGAAAACCUGAUGGCUGCCACACUGACAAAGGUACUGCGAACUAUUCAGUUGCCACUGACGUGUAUAAUAAUAAUAUAGGUACGUAAUUGUAAUAUAUUAUUAUAUAGGAGGACAACGCAAAAGAGUUGUUCCGCACAGGCAUCGAAUGUGAACGUGAAGGCAACUAUUAUGAGGCGACUCGUUGUUACAAGCGAGCAUUAAAACUGGACCCAGACGUGGAAAAAAAAAUCGCCGAUGAAGAAAUCACUUUGCGCUCAGUGGAUAAUAAUAAUUAUUGUAAGACUUAUUCCAUUGUGUUUUUGAAGUGUUAUAAGGGUCAAGCAAUUAACAACUUAUUCCUAAUACAUUUGUUUAUUGUGUGACACAGACGAAAACAACAUGAGUGAUGAUGAAUAUGAUCAGAAAGAAGACCUUUUUGUGAGAUUUCAAAGGAUAACAGGACCACAGAUAUGUUGUCCAGAAAACUCUCAACAAGUACUUAAACAUCAAUUUUGAUUAAAUAUAUCAUUAAUUCUUAAUCAACCUAUAUUCUUGUUUUAUCUCUCUUAUAAGAUCACUCACUUUUCGGUUCUGCCUCCUGAGCUUAUUCUGUAUAUAUUGAGGUGGGUGAUUUCUUAUGACCUGGAUCUCCGUUCAUUGGAACAGUGUGCAGCUGUUUGUCGUGGUUGGUAUUUGUGUGCCAGAGAUCCUGAGCUAUGGCGUCGUGCGUGUUCCAAGUAAGAAAUAGGCUCAAUGAUGUCAAACUAACAGAAAAAAAAAAGAGCUGAUACUAGGAUAGGUACACUACUGUUUUAAGUUGGAAGGUGGGAUAAGUACAUAAAAUUAUUUAAUUUAUACUUGUAAGCAAUGAUAAUAAACCAUUACUAAUGAAAAAUGAGCAAAGUUUAAUUAUACAUGUUUUGAAAGGCCAUAAUAUUUAUGCUUUUCAUCAAAACUCUUAUAAAAAAAAAAAAUACUACAUUACACUCAACUUUUUUUUAUUGCCUGUAAUUAUUAAGAACCUUUUGUUAAAUUUUCAAUUGUUAUAGCUAAGCCAAUAAAAUCCAUGUCAAAUUUACAUAAAUUAUUACAUUAUCUACAUUUAGAAAAAGCUAAUUCUUCUGUUAAAAUUUCAGAUCUCAAUCAUUAGGUAAAUGCUUUGAACAUUUUUAUUAGGUCUAGAAAAAUCAAAUAUAAGUUUUUUGACAAAAUUAAAAAUAAUCAGUUAUUUUGUCUCGUUUUUUAACAGGUUCUUUUUCGGUUCUAACAAUUAUUAAAAAAAACUAAAAUAAAAAAAAUCAUUUUUUUUUGAGCAUCUAUAUCCAGAAUUUAACAAAAAAGUUUUUUUGCAACGUUUUGAUUAAAGCAAUAUUUAAUGUAGAAAACAUAGUUUGCAAAAUUUAAAAACGAUGAAAUUUGUAAUGCCGCAAAUAAUUGCUGUUUUACCUAUAAUUUUCUCUCUGGUUUUUCCAAAUUAUUUUGAGGAACCCUUGAAAAAUCAAAAAAAAAGACCUGUCUAAUAAUGUAUCAACUAGAGAAAAUUGCCUUUCAGAAAACACUGUACUUUGUGCAUCAAACAAUAAUUCUUUUAGAAAAGUCGAUAACAGACAGAAAAAUACAGUGCUGUCGCUUAAAAUGUAAUAAAUAAUUUAGAAAUAAUAAUAUUGUUAGUCAAAAAAUUUUAAAUAUUUAUGCCAUUUAUGUGUUGAUUUCCCUAUACCAUGUAUUAUUGCCUAUUUAACAAGAUUAAGCAGUCAAUAAACUAUAAAUUAUAUAGCAAUCGCGUGGUACACCUAUCCCUUGUAUCAGAUUUUUUUUUUUAUACUUCAAACAAAAUUUCUCCUAAAAAUUUUCUCCAAAUAUUAUAUCAUAGAAUAUAUCAUUAUUUUCAUAAUAACCAAAAAAAAAAAGAUAAAAUGUAUGAAAUUGAAUGCAUUUAUUAUUUUCGAUUUUGUUUUUUUAUUGCAAUUCAGUUCUAAAUAUUUGUAAAUAUUUGAAAUUUGGACAAAAAACUUAUAUUUGACUUUUCUAAAGUGGUCAAAUUUUCAAAACAUUUGAGGCAUUUAAUAUAGACAUUUUUAUGUUGUAAGUUUGUGCAUUAAUUUUAUUUGGUGGGUACUCUGUGAAUAAAAUUAUUAGAUUUAUUAGAUAUGCUUAAAAUUUAAUAAAAGGUUCAUUUUAAGUAAUACUUGAUGGCCAAAAAAACAUAUUUGAGUAUAAUGUGUUAUUUUUUUAUUUUUUCCAGUUUUAAAAUCAAAUUUUGAUGAAAAUAGUAAAAAUGAUAGCCUUUUAAACAUGUUUAACCAAACUUCAUUCCAAAUUGUUUUAUUUGAAAAGAUUUAUUGUUGUGUACAAUUAUAAAUUAAAUGCCCCUCUAACUUCUUACCUAAAACAGUGGUUCAACCAUAUGCAAUAUCAGAUCUUCUGGUCUUUUAAAGAUAAAUCCAAAAAAUAAUAUUGUACUUCUGUUAUUAAGAUUUUGGCCUUCAAACGUCAAUGACUUAGUUGAAUACAAUGGCAGUUGGCGACAAAUGUUCAUAGAACGUCCAAAUGUACUUACAAUUGGCUGUUACAUAUGUAAAAUAUCAUAUGUACGACAAGGUGAAGAAUCAUUCAGAGACAAUACCAACGGACCUUCUUUUAAUGUUGUUUAUUACAGAUAUCUAAGGUGAGAAACAUAAACUAAAAUCUACCUACUUAAAAUUUAUUAUCAAAAGACCAGAAUUUGUCAUUAGAAAACAAUGUAAAAAUUUGCAAACAUAUUUUUUUAUACAUUUUUAUUUUUUUUAAAAAAAGCUGAUUGAGAACAGGUGUACCAAUUUUUGUAUUUAAUUAUAUAACAUAUUAAAAUAAUAAUUUGAACGUACACAUUUAAAUCAAAUAUUAUUUAAAAUUAUGUAAUCCAUCUCUAUAAGAAAUUUUGUUGAAAAUGUUUACUUUAUUAUUUUGUGUAUGUAUGUUAAUUAGGUUUUUUUCUGAUGGACGUGUGCUGAUGGUGUUGUCCUGCUAUCCUCCAGCUAAAGUAGUACGUAAGUUACAGACAAUUGAGAACACGCCAACAUAUAUAUGUACAGGGUUCAACAACAUAUGCCGAGGCCAUUAUAAAUUGUCUGGCAACCAACUGACUUUGAAACUCGAAUCUUGUGACCGGUUAAACAAUAAAAUAAAUUGUGAAAAUGUCACUAAACGAAAAAUCACUUAUAACAUGGUGCGAGAUUACCUUAGCAAAAAUAUUAUAAUAUUAUUAAACAUUUUUUUUCAUUUUUUCUUUUUAGAAUUUAGAAAUUUCAAAGUACAAGUCUAAACAUAACUGGAAAUUACAGUGUACAGAUUAUGAAGUAGUUUAUCAUAAUCGGAUUAACAGAGUAUCUGCUACCAAGUUUGACCUGAUCAAUAAUCGAUUUCCUCCGUUUAUAUUUUCGAGGGUGAAAUGCUAUGCUAACGAAUCCAUAAGGGUAUUAUAAGAGUAUCUACAAAGUUCAUAACAGUUUUAAUCAACUCUAUAUUUAUAAGUUUUUUUUCAUAUUGAGUGUAAAUUAUAUAUUAAAAGUAAUUUUAAGACAGUAUUUAUAUUGUUUAAAUACUACUCUUAUCAGUGAUUUCUUUGAAACUUGUUUUUGAUUAUGAACCCAAUAUACAUACAAUUCUACAAUUCUGUGUUUUAUGUAUACCUACUGUAUAUACGUUUAAAUACUUAAAUGGUUAGUAUGUUGUUACAAAUAUGCCAUUUUGAUUUUCAGACACAGAACCAUUUCAUUAACAUUAUUUUAUUGUUAGUAUCAUCUUAUUACCAGUCUUAUUUUCUAUCAAAUUAAAUAUUUUUUUUAUUAAUAAACAUUUAAUAUCAAUGAUGGUUGUAUGCUUAAAUCAAUAUAAAUCCAAAAUAUUAUUUAUUUUAUUGUUUAGUACAAUAGAUAUGUUGUUUUAUUUUGUAACUGAAGACCAAAUCUAAGAGUGUAACUUAUAAGAAUCUUACUCGUUUAUUAGAAUUCAUUGAUUCCUGUAAUUUCUAACUAAUUUAUUGUAUUGUUUUUUUCAGUGUUAUCUAGAAUUGUAAAAUUUUAUUUUUAGAAAUUCAUGCCUAUUUGCAAAUAUAUUGUUUACAUAUGCAUGAUGUGACCUUUGCCUAUACUUUUAUUUAUAAUUAUAAGAUAUGAUAUUUCAAAGGCGUCCUUAUGGGAGUGAUCCCCCCCACCGAUAGAAAUGGACUUAAAUAGUCAUUGGUCCAGAAGUAUUAUUUGAC